AUGGUGGAAAGCUUAAGGAUAUUGGUACUUCAUGGAUACAGACAGAGUGCCAAGACAUGUAAAGAGAAGCUUGGUGCCUUCAGGAAGAACCUUAAGAAACUUCCACUUGAAUUUGUGUAUAUAACUGCACCAAAUAAAAUCCCAGCUGAAAACAGUAGUGAUGUUGCUUCUUCAAAGGAAGAUGAAUAUGGUUGGUGGUUUUCAGCUGAAGAUAACACAUAUGACCCUCUUAGUCCAUCUGAUGUCUCUAAAGGUUAUGAUGAAUCAAUUGAACUUGUCAAGGCCACCUUUAAAAACCAGGGGCCAUUUGAUGGUGUUCUUGGGUUUAGCCAAGGGGCAUGUUUCCUUUCGAUUCUCUGUGCAUUAAGAGAACAAGGUUAUUUAAGUUUUAAAUUUGCCAUUCUUGUGGCUGCAUUCAAGUCAAGAUCUUCAGGACACAGCAUAUACUACACAGAACCCAUCACAUGCCCCACCCUGCAUGUGUUUGGUGAUACAGACAGAGUCAUACCUAAGGAAAACAGUGAAGAUCUUCUGAAGCAUUGUUCUAACCAUACCACUCUUAACCACCCUGGAGGCCAUUUCGUCCCAACGCAAGCUCCUCAAAAGAAGGUCUACAUAGAGUUUCUAGAGCAGUUCAUGAAGAAGACUUAACAAAUGUUACAUUCUUACCGUAAAAUGUGGCCACACCGGGUACCGUCAUGUGCUUUCCUCGAACAAUUUUUGUGUUCUGCAGCAUAGAUAAGAAAGGGAAAAUUUUGGAAUAUUUAGUCUGCAUAGCUAAUGUUUGUCAUGAUCAGACGCGUUCCCGGAAAAUUUUAGUUAAGACUUCCAGGUUAAUUCCUGGGGAGUGAGAGGUCAAUGUAUUCUUUAUCGUGGUUUGACCUAUUAUUUUAAAUUCUUUGUUUCUUUAAAGCUCCUGUCAAAGAUAUUUUAGCUAUGCGCGGCGAAGUUGUAAAGGAUCCGUUCAA